AUGACCCAAGAUAUCAAAGAGUUGGCGAGGGAAUGGCUGGAGCUCGACCAAGACAAAACAACUACAGAUGAAAUCUACAAAUUGUUAGUCAAUGGCGACACCGGCGAGCUCGAGAAGCGACUUCGACAUCGUAUCGCUUUCGGGACAGCUGGACUCAGAGGGCCUAUGCAAGGCGGCUUCGCUUGCAUGAACUCUCUGACAGUGAUUCAAGCUUCUCAAGGACUAGCAGCGUACCUGCUCAAGACUGAAGAAAACGUAAAGAGAAGGGGUGUGGUCAUUGGAAGGGAUGCGAGGCACAACUCAGAAAAGUUUGCCAGGCUCACCGCCGCUGCGUUCGUUGCGAAAGGCAUCAAGGUGUGGUGGUAUGAGGACCCUAGCCAUACGCCCAUGGUUCCCUUUGGUGUGCGCGAACUCGAAGCCGCUGCUGGUGUUAUGAUCACUGCAAGUCAUAACCCGGCCAAAGACAACGGAUACAAGGUUUACUGGUCAAAUGGAUGCCAGAUCAUCCCCCCACACGACAGCGGAAUUGCCCAAUCUAUCAUGGAGAACCUGAAGCCUGUUACCUGGGAUACAACAGUCGUAGACUCCUCGCUUCUAGUGGAAGGAAGUCUAGGACUGGUACAAGACAGCUACCACAAGGCCAUCCUCUGCGCAGCACAGCCCGAGCACGUUCAAGUCAAGAUGGACCCAGAGCUCAAAUUCGUAUAUACGCCUAUGCACGGUGUUGGUCUUCCUGCCAUGCAGCGAUGUGCAGAGACACUUGGUGUAGCCUCGCAAAUGACCGUGGUGGAAGCUCAAGCACAGCCAGACCCCGACUUCCCCACGGUGAAGUUCCCAAACCCCGAAGAGAAGGGUGCGCUCGAUCUGGCAAUCGAAACGGCAGACAAGUCGUCCACACGCCUGAUCCUCGCCAGCGAUCCCGACGCGGACCGACUUGCCGCAGCAGAGAAGGUAGGAGAUAGAUGGCAUAUUUUUAGUGGGAACCAACUCGGAGCGCUGCUUGGCUCCUACCUCUUAGAACGCUACCCAGAGUCGAAGCCGCGAGAGAAGCUCGCGAUGCUAGCUUCUACUGUUAGUUCCAGGAUGCUCGCGGCUUUAGCGAAGAAGGAAGGCUUUAAGUUUACCGAGACUUUAACCGGAUUCAAGUGGCUUGGAAACGUAGCGCGGCAACUCGACAGCGAAGGCUACGAUGUCGUCUUCGCGUUCGAAGAAGCCUUGGGAUACAUGAUCCCACAAACCGUACAUGACAAAGACUCGAUCAGCGCAGCUGCAGUCUUCCUUACUGCUGCGUCGCAUUGGGCUACGCAAGGUCUCACACCAUACGCCAAGCUGCAGCAACUCUACAAGUAUCUUGGCUACUUCGAGGACGCAAACACCUACCUCGUAUCGCCAUCCCCAUCUGUGACAACGUCCGUGUUCACAGCCAUCCGCGCAUUGGGCAGCCCGCACCCCACCACCAUCGGGUCCCGUAAGAUCGUGCGCUGGCGAGAUCUGACCCUAGGCUAUGACUCAACGAGCAAGGACCACAAGCCCGAUCUGCCGGUAGAUGUCACUAGCCAGAUGAUCACAUGUGAGCUCGACGAUGGCGCGGUAUUCACAGUCAGAGGAAGCGGGACAGAACCAAAGAUCAAACUUUACAUUGAGUGCCAGGGACAGAGUAGUGAGGAGGCGAAGAAGGGCGCUAAUGAAAUAUUGGACGAUCUUCUGCGGGAAUGGUUCAAGCCUGAGGAAAAUGGACUUAGGCUUGCUUAG